AUGCACCCCCAGCUCACGGAGAAGAAGCUAGGUUCGCACCCCUCUCGGCCGUGCGCCCGCCUACCCAUACUCGUAUGUGCCUGUGGGACUGACCGAUCCCUCUCGUCCCUCUCAGUGUGCCUGCAGUUCAUCCAGGCCCUUGAAGUCUGCCACUCCGACGGCGGCUGGCAGCGGUUUUUCGGCGGGUGCAACCAGGCGAAGCACGAACUCAAUAUGUGUCUCCGGAAAGAGCGAGUUGACCGCACGACGCGGAACCGUGAGCAGGCAAAGGAGAGGCGGGAGAAGAUUGAGCAGGCAUGGCAAGAAAUCCGCGACGACUAA